AUGUCUAGCCCAUGUGCAUUUCCUCAACUUCAAAUCCCAAAUAUGAGUUCCAAAGUUGCCAUUGUCACUGGAGCAUCCUCUGGCCUCGGCCGUGCCAUCGCCCUCAACUAUGGCCGGAUGGGAUGGAAAAUCGUCUGCGCUGAUCUUCGCCCCGAUACCCCGAGCACGCCAACCACCACUGUGGACUUGAUCAACCAAGAAGCACGUGGCAAAGCCAUCUUUGUCCGAACCGACGUCUCCUCUUCCGACGAUGUCCAGUCUCUCGUUGACACCGCCGUGAACACCUUUGGCAGGGUGGAUGUCCUUGUUAACAAUGCUGGCAUUUCUCUCGAGUCUCGCGGAAAGCUAGGACCCAAGCUGAUCGCCGACACGGAUGAUUCUACCUUUGACACUACCUGGGCCGUAAAUACCAGAUCGGUAUUCUUGGGCUGUAAAUAUGUCAUUCGGCAAUUCCUUCGUCAGGAGCCAUGGCCCACGGGCGACCGAGGAUGGAUCAUCAAUAUUGCGUCCGUCUACGGCCUGAAACCUGAGAUUGAACACAUCUCUUACUCUACCUCCAAAGCGGCCGUGGUUCAUAUGACAAAGUGCAUCGCCCGUGAGUACGGCCAGUCCAAGAUCCACGCCAACGCCAUCUGUCCCGGCUUCGUCAAGACAGAAAUGGAUCGCGUCAUGCUGGAAGAUGAGGCCCUGGGCGCUGCUACCGUUGCUCUCCAUCCUUGGGGAUCAUUGGGAGCUGCUGACGAUGUGGCCAAGGCGGCUUGCUUUCUGGCUAGCGACCAGGCGGCAUGGAUCACAGGUGUUGCGUUGCCAGUCGAUGGUGGCUAUAUGACAGCGUAA